CCAAUGGUUUGAAAAACAUCACAUCUACCUCCCGUAGCUUCAAGUAUCCUGAGUCAGGGACUUAUGGAAAGAACGAGACCAAAUGUUGGAGCAUUACGGUUCCCGACACUUAUGCUGGCAUUUCCAACUAUCCCUCAAAUUACGCAGAACAAUGGUUUUUAAUUGUUCCUAAGGGUCGGCAGGUUCAGAUAGACUUCGACACAUUUGAACUGGAGUACAGCAAGGAUUGCAAACAUGACUAUGUUGAGUUCCGUGAGGCAUCCAUCGAGGUUGGUGAUCCUAAAACAAUAUCUGGCAAAAACGGUCCAAUUCUGACCAAUCGCCUGUGUGGAAAUACAAAGCCGAAUUCGAUACAGAGUCAAGGGAACAUGGUUUGGGUUCAGUUCAUGAGUGAUGGAAACUCUACCACAGUGUACAAGGGAUUCAGAGCUUCCUUUAAAGCAGGACAAGGACGACUGUCUGCUAGCUGUCCAUUGAUGCUGCUGUUCCUCUCAGCUCUGAUCGUGAAAAAGGUCAACUUGUUAUAAUCAUGCACCGAGAGUAGUUUUUUGUGCGAUAUAAUUAUUAAGCUUUGUUAUUUUGUUUCCUUUUGUUCCAAGGCAAGGAAAAUUCAAAUAAAACUGUUUUAAAAUAUUUUAAAACCAUUGGGAAAAAAUGGAGCACAACAUUUUGUAUUAAAAGACAAACAAAUGGUUGAAUAAGA